GUAAAUUGGAUUCCUCCUUUCAGGCAAUUAAUUAAGUUCUUUAAUAUUUAAAAUGGGUCAUUUAUGCAUAAGAGCUAAAAAUUCUAUUUAUAAUUAAGAGUAAUUGACCUAUUUAGGUGGAUGCAUGCGUAUUUUCCAAUUAAUUCAUGACUAAUGCCAUUACAUUUGAUAGAUUUCUUAUAUUUCUGUUUGUUUUCUUUUGCUUUUUUUUUUUUUUGAUUGCUCAAAAUAAACUAUUUAACAUUUGUAACAUUUGGUAAAGUUAUUAAAAUCUAAAUUUGUACACAUUUUUAAAUAAAAAAAAUCAAACUAGAGGAGAAAGACUGAUAAAGAAUCUUUAUUAAAAAUAACAUAUUCUUCAUUUUAAGUUUUUUUGUUGUAGUUUGUCUUGGUUAAUUGGUUUUCAUUUAAGACAACUCAUCAUGAAUAAAAAGUGUUGUAAUUGAUCAUCUUUGUGUUUUACAGUCCUUUUCACUAUAUUUUUCCUUUCUUAUCAACAUUUAUUCCUAACCCCUGGCAUUUUACCUGUCGGAUGAGGUGAACUCCACGCUUAACCGCGCGUGAUUCCCCGCGAGGAAAGGGAAAUCCGCGCUCCGUGCUUUAAAAGCGCAUUCUGCAGCUCUGCUCCAUCACAUCACAGCAUCAGCAGCAGCUUGAGUUUGUCUCCAUAAGGACACUUGCAGCUUCGUGAAAAUGCUCCACAGACUGGUGUUUGCGUGUGCGCUCGUGGCUCUGUUCGGCGCGGGAUCGUCUCUGCGCUGCAGGUGGAUGGACCACAAGUUCAAACAGUUGAGUGACACCUCGUUGGAUCUGCUGGGGAAGAUGGUCAUUAACGCCACAAACAGCACUGGGAACCAGGAGGAUGCUGGAGAGGAGGUGCUCUUCCCUCAUCAUCUGUACAGAAACGCGUCUCAAGAAUCAGAUGAGAAUAAAGUCGCCUUCACGGUCCAGGUUCUGAAGGAAGUGUCUGUCCUGUUUGAGGAGGACAGCUCCUUCUCAUCAUGGCAGCAGAGCGGACUGGAGAAGUUCCUCGGAGUGGUGAACACACUAGCUGAAAGGCUUCACUCCUGCGUGCCUGGGAGCCUCGACCCCAACAUAAAGCAGCUGCAAAUGUACUUCAAGAAGCUGCUGAAUCACAUCCUGAAGAAACAUGGUUACAGUGUUGAAGCCUGGGAGAUCAUCAGGAAGACAACUAAAACUCAUCUAGAGAGAACACAGCGGCUGCUUUCUGCUUUAAUCUCCUCUUGAAU